CAUUAUACAAAUGAUCGACUAAGAUUCUCCUUGUUUGUCUCUUGAGGUUGUGAUUGAUAUUUGUAGAAGCUCUUACAGUUUGUAUUCGAUAAUUUAUCUUCAGCAACUACUUGGAAAAGAUAAAAUAACUUGCUGCUGGUGUUAAUUUUCUUCAUAUUCGCUUGCUUCUUUUAAGGUGGGAAUGGAGAUCGGAGAAGCGAUAGAAGAUAAGUUCGCGAAGGUGCAUCCUCGUUUUGAAACCAACACAAGGAUCGGGAUUAUUGGGGGUGGCCCAAGCGGGUUAUCGGCGGCUUACGCACUAUGCAAACUUGGUUACUCCAAUGUCACAGUCCUGGAGAAACAUCAUUCCGUUGGAGGCAUGUGUGAAUCUAUAGAUAUUGAAGGAAAAAUCUAUGACUUGGGAGGUCAAGUCCUAGCAACAAACAGUGCACCAACCAUCUUCCACUUAGCAAACCAAGUCAAUUCACAAACAGAAGACUUAACCACCCACAAAUUCUCCAUACUCAACACUUCAACCGGAACAUACAAUGACACAAAACUAACCAAUGACUACAUAUCCAUAAUACCCUUAACUCUCAACCUCCAAAACAAAGCCAAUGCCACUGGUCUCAUUGGUGUUCAUGCAAUCAGCAACAUUGCUUCAGACCCAACUCCUGCAUUCCUCAAAUCCAAUGGGAUCAACUCGGUUCCUGUAUCGGUUGCGUACGGGUUCACGGCUUCGGGUUAUGGGUUUGUGGGUGAUAUGGCUUAUGGGUAUGUGCAUGAGUUUGUAAAGAGUUCAAUGGCGGGAAAGGUGGUGAGGUUUAGAGGUGGGUAUGGGAGUGUUUGGGAGAAGAUAAGUGAGAGUGUUGAGAUGAAGGUGGUUUGUAAUGCGAGAGUUGUGAUGGUUAGAAGAGAUGGUGAUGGUGUUUGUGUGGAAGUGGAGGUUGGUGAUCAUGGUGGUGAGAAGGAGGGUGUGGAGUUUGAGUUUGAUAAGGUUAUUGUUUCGGGUUCGUUUGCUUUGGGUCGUGGGAAGGUGUAUAGAUCGCCGUUGGAGACGAAAGAAGAAUUUGUAAAUGAGGCUAUGGACCUAAGUGAUCUUGAAAAGGAACUAUUUAGUAAAGUCGAGACUAUCGAUUACUACACGACCGUGUUGAAGAUAGACGGAUUGGAUCAUAUCCCCGUCGGGUUUUACUAUUUUGAGGAGUUCAUGGAUGAUCCAAACACAAUUGGCAACCCGGUAGCAAUGCAAAGAUUCUACUCAGACACAAACAUAUUCCUGUUUUGGUCUUAUGGCAAUUCAGUAGAUAUUGUGGGCGAAACAGUCGUUCAGCUCGCGGUUGAUGCUGUCACGCGUAUGGGGGGCAAGGUCACAAAAGUAAUUUUACAACGACGGUUUAAGUACUUCCCACAUGUCAACAGUCAAGAAAUGAAGGAUGGAUUUUACGAGAAGCUGGAAAACCAACUUCAAGGUCAGAAGAACACUUAUUAUGUUGGAGGACUAAUGGCAUUUGAGUUAACCGAAAGGAACGCAUCGUAUGCGUUUGAUUUGGUUUUGAAGCACUUUGGUAGUGAUAACGCCGAACCGAGCUUUCCAUACGUUAAGAGAUUGUUCACUAUGAAAUCAGACAAUUAUUCCUUGAAACAACUAAAUGAAGCACCAGGGGUCCAGUUUCCCGAUAUCUCAUCGAUCGACGGUUAUUUACGACACUGGGCAACCCAUGAACUCAUCGCAAACAAGACAUUAUACACUUGGAUCAACGAUAAAGGCGAAACAAUAAGUCGAAUAACAUACAAAGAGCUAGAUAAUAACGCUUCCUACAUUGCGCGCAAGCUCUUAACGAACAAAAAGCCCGUUAUCCAACCCGGAGAUAGAGUUCUUCUAGUCUACAUACCGGGCCUUGAAUUUAUGGACGCGUUUUUCGCGUGUCUACGAGCUAGAAUCAUACCCGUACCCGCCAUUCCUCCUGACCCGUCACAAGCGGGUGGGCAGCCACUUCUCCAUAUCGAAAACAUUGCAAAAAGAACGAAAGCGGUCGCAAUAUUAUCCACUUUCGGGUACCAUAUGUAUGUGAAAGCGAAUUCCGCCAAGAACAAGAUCAUGUUAACGAAAAAAAGAAAAAACUCGGGUUCGUGGCCGAACCUCCCGUGGAUCCAUACAGAUUCUUGGAUCAAGAACUCGAAAGGUUGCCACGUCAGCUUCGAUGAUGUAACCAUAUUGGUUAAAGAAACUCGGGUUGUGCCGAACGACUUGUGCUUUCUUCAGUUCACAUCGGGCUCAACGGGUGAUGCGAAAGGCGUGAUGCUCACUCAUAACGGACUUAUGCAUAACGUGAAGUUAAUGCGUAAGGUGUACAAAAGUACAUCGAAUACAGUUGCGGUUAGUUGGUUACCGCAAUACCACGAUAUGGGCCUCAUCGGCGGGCUGCUUACGACUUUAGUUAGUGGCGGGACUGCUGUAUUGUUUUCGCCGAUGACCUUUAUUAAAAAUCCGUUAUUAUGGUUGCAAACCAUGAGUAAGUACCGCGCUACUCAUAGCGCAGCCCCGAAUUUCGCUCUUGAACUGUUGAUAAGACGAUUAGUGUCGAAAAAGGAAAAGGUUAUGAAACUUGAUCUUUCUUCCAUGGUUUUUCUAAUGGUUGCGGCUGAACCGGUUAGAUUGAAGACGUUAAAGAAGUUUAUCGAGUUAACUCGGGAUUUCGGGCUUUCACAAGAAGUGAUGGCUCCGGGUUAUGGUAUGGCGGAGAAUUCGGUCUACAUAAGUUGUGCAUACGGGCUAGGCGAACCGAUUUUUCAAGAUUGGCAAGGGAGAAUAUGUUGCGGGUAUGUGGGCCCGAACGGGGGCCCGGAUGAUGCUGAUGUGGAUAUUAGAAUUGUUGAUCCGGAGACGGGUGAAGAGCAAGUAGAAUGCGGAACAGAAGGUGAGGUUUGGAUUUCUAGCCCGAGUGCGGGCGUCGGGUAUUGGGGGUUGGAAGAGUUGAGUUCGAAGACUUUCCGAAACGAACUUCGAGGGCGUUUUGGGAAAAUGUACAUUCGAAGCGGGGAUUUGGGCCGUGUUGUUAACGGGAAGUUGUUCAUUACCGGGAGGAUAAAGGAUUUGAUCAUCGUUGGUGGACGGAAUAUAUACGCAUCGGAUGUUGAAAAGACGGUUGAGUCCUCAUCCGAGCUUAUUCGGCCCGGAUGUUGUGCGGUUGUAGGCGUUCCCGAAGAGAUAUUACUCGAUAAAGGGAUAUUAAUCCCCGAAAACUCGGAUCAAACCGGAUUAGUUGUCAUCGCCGAGGUUAAAGGAAACAAGCCUCCACCAAAUGAGAUCAUCGAGCGGAUUAAAACCGUCGUCGCGGAAGAACAUGGCGUAACUAUCGCUUCGGUUGUACUAAUCAAAGAACGAACCAUUUGCAAGACGACAUCAGGCAAGAUCAAGCGGUUCGAGUGUCAAAAACAGUUUACCGAUAACAAGCUGCAAGUAAUCGAACCGAUUCAAUCCACACCCGCGAACACAAAACAUAUUGCUUCAAGACAUACGAAUGCGGGUAUAUCGAAAGACGACAUUAUUCAGUUUUUAAAGAAGCUUUUAUCCGAUCAAACCGGAACUCCCACCGCAAGCAUCUCAGUAACCGAAAGUCUUGUAAGUUAUGGAGUUGAUUCGAUUGGCGUCGUUCGAGCAGCCCAAAAGCUUUCGGGCUUUCUCGGGGUUCCAGUGGGCGCGAUCGACAUUUUCACCGCCACAUGUAUCGACGAUCUAGCAGACUUCGCCGAAGAUCUUUUAAAAAAAUCUUUCCCUGAAGUCACAAGUUCCACAACAAUUACUACUAAAAGACCACUCAAAGUUUCUUCAGUUUCUUCGGUUUCUUCAGCCCGUAAGUUCGGUAUUUGGGUGCUACAUCUUAUCGGGCUCGGGUACAUCUCGUUCUUGCUAACGAUCCCCAUCUAUCUUUCGGUUUCCGCUUUCACAAAUCUAACGUUAAAAACCGGUAAAACGAUGUACACGAGCCUGUGGUUCGGUUACUUGAUAUCGGUAACAAGCGCACCCAUAGUUUGGAUGUUUUAUAUGAUGUUGACUUGCAUAACUAUUGCGAUGUUUGGUAACUCAUAUCUACAACCCAACUAUGGUUUAACCCCUGAUAUAUCCACGUGGACAUAUGACUUUGUGAAAUGGUGGACAUUAUACAAAGCCCAAGAGGUAAUAUCCAAAGUUAACGCGGUGCACUUAAAAGGUACGGUUUUUGCGCGGUUGUGGUUCGAGAUGUUAGGAGCGAAGAUCGGGUCAUCGGUGGUUCUCGACACUAUUGAUAUCACGGACCCUUAUUUGGUCGUUAUAGGAGAUGGUGCGGUGGUUGCGGAAGGUGCAUUGGUUCAAAGCCAUGAGGUGAAAAAUGGUGUUUUGAGUUUGCAGCCCAUUAGAAUUGGCGAAAGCGCGUGUGUGGGCCCGUAUGCUGUAGUUCAAAAAGGGAGCGUUGUGGAUGAUGGAGAUGAGGUUCCGCCUUUGCAGACUUGCAAAGGCGGUAAACGCGAGUUUAAGAUGUCGAAGAUUCGUAACGUCGAACAGGUUACUACUUCACAAGAUAUCAAUAGGGGAUGGUACGAACCAUUUUACCAUAUUAUGGGCAUCUACAUGGUUGGUUUCUUAACCUCUUUAUCUGCAGCCAUCACUUACACUCUCUACAUAUGGCUACUACAAAAGCCUCAAUCCUUACAACACUUAACCUUUCUUUGCUUAUGCGCAUCGGUUCACUGGCUUCCUUUCAGUAUCAUCACCUACAUCAUCAUGUUCCAAGACAUUCCCACAAGCCCGUUAACCUUCGCGAUCACCAUUGCGUUUGCAUACCUCGUUCAUGGAACAAUUCUCACGCUCCUAACAUCCGUCUUGCACCGUAUGCUUUCAAGCUCAAAACAAGAUAACCACAUAGUAAUGUGGCUCUGCCAUCGGUUAACGACGUCCCUGCAUUUGAAGUUUGCAAAGUUUCUUUCGGGGACGGAAGCUUUUUGUAUGUAUCUACGCGUUUUAGGCGCAAAGAUUGGGAAACAUUGCUCUAUUCGGGCCAUUAACCCGAUUAUUGACCCGGAAUUGGUUUCCAUUGGUGAUGGAGUCCAUUUAGGCGAUUUUAGUCGCAUUGUUGCGGGUUUUUAUAACUCAAACGGGUAUGUUCGUGGACCCGUGAAGGUUGAAGACAAUUCGGUUAUCGGGAGUCAAGGGUUGGUCUUACCGGGCUCAGUGGUUGAGCCCAGUGUCAUUCUUGGUGCACUCUCGGUUGCACCCGUGAAUUCCACUCUUCGAACGGGUGGUGUGUAUGUUGGAUCGCGAAAUCCGGUUAUGGUUAAGAAUAUGACUCACCAGUUGGACGAUCGGAUCGAAGAAAUGGACCAAAAGUACAAGAAAGUACUAGGAAAUCUCGCGGCAAACUUUGCCGCAGCGACUCUAAAAGUUAAAUCGAGAUACUUUCAUCGAAUCGGUGCGGCUGGGAAAGGAACGUUACGCGUGUAUGAAAAUGUACCCGGGUUUCCGGAUCACAAGAUUUUCGCACCAGGAAAGUGUUACCCGAUCAUCAUUCGUCAUAGCAACUGUUUAAGCUCUGAUGACGACGCAAGACUUGACCCGCGAGGCGCUGCAAUAAGAAUUCUUUCGGAUGAGAGCGACAUCAACACGCCGGUUGUUGAUAUGACACUAAAAACUGGUCGAGCGUUUCACGCUCGAACAAUUGGUGACUUUGCUACAUGGUUGGUUUGUGGGGCUGCGGCGCGCGAGGAGCAUGUGAAACAUGCUCCUCAUAUACGCGACGCGAUGUGGGAUUCGUUGAGGAACGCGGAUUCCUACGCCGAGUUGCAUUACUAUUCUAACAUUUGUAGGUUGUUUAGAUUUGAAGAUGGAAAAGAAAUGUAUGUGAAGUUUAAGUUAAGGCCAUUUGAUGAAACAAUUGAUGAGGAUUUUGGGAAAGUAGAGCCUAGAGGUGUACUCCCACCCGAAACCGGUGCGAUCCCGAGAGACGAAAAUGACACACGCCCGCUUCUUUUUCUCGAUGAUGAUUUCAAGCGUCGUGUGAAUUCUAGCGAACAUGUUCGGUAUGUGCUUCAGUUUCAGUUUCGUCGAGUGCCGGAUGAUGAAGCUGCACGUGAAACCGUACUUGAUUGUACCAAACCGUGGGACGAAAAAGAGUACCCGUAUGUCGAAGUGGGCGAGUUAACGAUCGAUAAACUACUCACUGACGAAGAAUCUCGUAACUUGGAGUUCAACCCGUAUUUGAAAAGCCGUGAAAUCGAUGUUAUACGGGCUACAUCAUGCUCCCAGAGCGCGUCGAUGGAUCAUGGAAGAUCGGUCGUGUACUCAAUCUGCCAGCAUUUACGCAACAACAAACCGUUGCCCGAAUGUUGGAGGAACUUCUUACAACAAUCUGAUGUAAAAGUUGAUCUAACAGGCUGCCCGAUGGCAGCCCGAAUCGAAAAAAAGGAUACCCAAAACGUGACACUUGCAAGACCGUGGUACAAGAACUUGUGGAUGAUGUCGGGUCAACCGUUGCUUCAACUCAUCGCGCCUUAUUUUCUAAUGGGAAUGGUUAUCUUCACACCUCUUAACGCGGUUCUUUACUUAAAAUCGCGUGAUGCAAGCCAGUUGCAUUGGCUAUUACCGGGUUUUUGGUUCGGUUCAGGGGUUAUAGCCGGGGUGGUUUGUGGUCUAGCGAAAUGGGUCCUUGUAGGAAAGAAGAAAGAAGGCGAAACCGUAAUGAUAUGGAGCACUGGUGUCUAUUUCGACACGAUAUGGCAGGCGAUUAGAACACUAGUUGGGGAAUACUUUAUGGAAAUGACUAGUGGUUCGGUUGUAUUCGGGUUAUGGAUGAACUUAAUGGGUUCGGACAUUGCUUGGAACCAUGGGGCUUAUGUGGAUAGCAUGGGCGCGGUGUUGAACCCCGAGUUGGUGAGUGUUGAACCAUACGCGUCUGUUGGACGAGAAGCGUUGUUGUUUGGACAUAUAUACGAAGGCGAAGGCGGGCAGGUGAAGUUUGGAAAAAUUGUGGUUCGAGAAGCGGGUUUCGUCGGUAGUCGAGCCGUGGCUAUGCCUGGAGUUGUUGUGGAGAAUGAGGGAUGUCUUGCUGCUCUUUCACUUGCUAUGAAGGAGGAGAUUGUCAAGUAAUAGUGAAAAAAAAAACCCUUGAUGAAGCAAGUGACUCUAGUAAUGAAUAUGGUAUGCUUGUGUUAUGUUGUGAUGUAUAUUGUGUUACU